AUGCCGUCCCGCUGUUUUAUUCCCCGAGACUUGUUCUGCCAGGACAUAAACCCCGACUUCUUUACUCCCGUCCCUGACGUGACUAAUCGUGUAGUGCGAAUCCAGGUGAGUCCUGAGGGCAGCACCAGAACGACCAGUCAGUCCAACCUCGCGGUCAAAGGUAAGAAUGUGUGGGCUUUGUCCCUCGAGUCGGAACGCCAUGGACGCCUUGAGAUGGCCACAGCAGAAGUCAAAAUUCCCUCCCGCCCUCAGGAAAAGACCCAGGCAGCGGGCGCCUCCGUCUGCCGGCACCGGAAGUUGCGUCACAUGUGUCAGGUGUGCUGUGACAACUGGGUGGGCACGCCCACCGCCCCUCCUAAGAAAAAGCACUGCCGCUCUUUGUCGGUGCCGCCAGAGGGACCUGUCUCUCUGCCCACCCCAGGGAAAGAGCCCGGUGCUAAGAUCUGGAGGCCCAUCGCUGUGAUCCCACUCAGCAACAGCGCCACAGACAGCAAAGACAGAGACUUUGUGUACCCCAGCAACGCUAUGUCAGCCAUGGUGUGCCCUCCCUUCAACGAGUCGUCAGUUACCACAGGCAAGUGGUUGCCCCGGCUCACCUCCUCUGGUGGUUUCGUCAAGCUUCUGCCGCCAAAGUCGUCCGCCUCGUCCCCAUCUGUGCCCUCUUCGCCCAGUGUGGACAGCGGUCACUUUACCACAUCGGACUUGCAGACGCCACCGGGCUCCCCCGUGCCCCGACCGGCCUCGGCGGCCUCCAGCGACACCUCCUCCUUCAGCUCGCUGGGAUCGCCCUGGCUCGAGUACAGCCCGCUGCGCGGCCCGCGCGUCCGCGUACUGGAAAACCGCAGUCUUUCAUUGGAGGACAGAAUCUCCGGCUCCGCCUCCUCCGCCGCGUCCACGCCCAGUUUCCACUCGGGAUUCGACCCGUCCCACCGGUGCCGGAGUAGCAGCAGCCAGGACGGGGCCGGGGAAGGGUGUGGCGAGGUGGGGGGCGGACCGUGUGGCGGACUCGGCGGGAUCAUCCCACGAUGCCACUCGCAGCCCUGCGUGCUGCACCACCGCCGCUGUGGCAAGAAGCGGCGCCGAGACUGUGAUAAUCGACCCAACCUCAACUUUAACAAGAUGACCGAGAGAUGGUCUAUGGUUCUUUAUUUAGCACAGCGACAGCUACAAGAAAAGAACAGACUAGAGAUUGGUGAAGAUGUUGGGGAGUCUUAG